GGUUGGGACGCCGUGUUUUUGCGUGUCGGCGGGAGUACGCAUGGCCGCUAAAGGCCUCCCGUUCCCCAGCCAAGGCCGCGAGAGGUCCGGGCAGGAGUGAUCUCUCCGGGAGGAUGGUCUGAGGAGGUCUGACGGGGGCGCCCUCCAGACUAUUUUGUUUCGGGUGUCCCCCUCCACCACCACCACCACCACCGCCGCCACCGCCACCGCCACCGCCACUGCCACCGCCGGCCCCGAAUCGGUUCGGGUCUAUUUCUGUUUCCUGUUCUCUUUGCUUGUUCAUUUUGUUUGUUUGGCUUCUAUUUUUUUUUUUUUUUUUAUUUUUUUUUUUUUUUGAGGUUUCAGGCGGGAUUUGCCAAAACCUGUUUCAUGCAUGUCCACUGGGGGCAGGUUCGACUUUGAUGAUGGGGGGUCAUACUGUGGAGAGUGGGAGGAUGGGAAGGCCCACGGACGGGGCAUCUGCACGGGCCCCAAGGGCCAGGGCGAGUACUCGGGCUCCUGGAGCCACGGCUUCGAACUGCUGGGCGUGUACACCUGGCCCAGCGGGAACAACUUCCAGGGCACGUGGGCCCAGGGCAAGCGGCACGGCAUCGGCGUGGAGAACAAGGGCAAGUGGGUCUACAAGGGCGAGUGGACGCACGGCUCCCGGGGGCGCUACGGCCUGCGGGAGAGCAUGGGCAGCGGCGCCAGGUACGAGGGCACCUGGGGCAACGGCCUGCAGGACGGCUACGGCACUGAGACCUACUCCGAUGGCGGGACUUACCAGGGUCAGUGGGUGGGUGGAAUGCGGCACGGGUACGGCGUGCGCCAGAGCGUGCCGUACGGCAUGGCGGCCGUCAUCCGCUCGCCGCUGCGGACGUCCAUAAACUCCCUGCGCUCGGAGCACACCAACGGCGCCGCGCUGCACCCGGACGGGGCCGCGGCGGCCGGGGGCGGGGCCGGGGGCGGGGCCGGAGCCGGGGGCGCGGCGGCGGGCAGCCCGGCGGUGUCGCGGGGCGGCUUCGUCCUCAUGGCGCACAGCGAGGCGGAGCUCCUGCGCAGGAAGAGGCGGGGCCUGUUCCGCCGCUCCAUCCUGAGCGGCCUGAAGCUGCGCAAGUCCGAGUCGCGGAGCUCCAUCACCAGCCAGCACAGCAAGCAGAGCUCCUUCCGCAGCGAGGCCGGCGCCUCCACCUCCGACGCCAACUCCACCGUCAGCCUGGGCGAGGCCGAGGCCGACCUGUCCGUCGCCGAGGACGACCUGGACGCCACCACCACCGAGGUCUACGCCGGCGAGUGGCGCAACGACAAGCGGGCCGGCUGCGGCGUGAGCCGGCGCUCCGACGGGCUCUGCUACGAGGGCGAGUGGGCUUCCAACAAGCGCCACGGCUACGGCUGCACCACCUUCCCCGACGGCACCAAGGAGGAGGGCAAGUACAAGCUCAACGUGCUGGUGAGCGGCAAGCGCAAGAACCUCAUCCCGCUGCGCGCCAGCAAGAUCCGCGAGAAGGUGGACGCCGCCACGGACGCCGCCGAGAAGGCGGCCAACGUCGCCAAACAGAAGGCCGAAAUCGCCCUGUCCAGGAUGGCCCACGCCCAGGGGAAGGCGGAGGCAGCCAUGGGCGUGGCCCUGAAGGCCCAGGAGGAGUCUCGGCUGGCCAGGGUCACUGCCAAACAGUUCUCCCCCUCCGUCCAUCGCUGCAAAAACGGAGUGGAGUGCCAAAGGCCAAAGCAUCAGAUCUCGAGUGAGAACAACAUGGAAGCAGCGUCCAGUGGCCACAGCCCCGACCUGUACAUGGAGAGCACGGCAACCCCCAAACUCACCCCAGACCUGAGCCCGUCGAAACACCCCUGCGGCCAACCCAAAGCGCCCCGCGCGACCAAGAGCACCCGCUUUCGGCGGCAGAGCGCCGUGGACGACGAGAGGGGCGCCGCUGAGAUCCAGGUGCUGAUGGAGAGGUGCGGGCGUGGCCGCGGGGCGGGCCACCAGCAGGACAAGCGCCCCCCGGGGGGCGGGAGCGGAGCCAGCAGCCUCUCCAGCACCUCCUCGCUGCAGGACGAGGUGGGGGGCGGGCACACCAACGGCUACAGCCACUCUUCUUCCAGCCACGAGUCUCGGGACCACGCCUCGUCCAAUCACAAGCACCGGGAGCAUGCCUCUUCCAAUCACAAGUCCCGGGAGCACGCCUCAUCCAAUCACAAGGCCAGAGAGCACGCCUCCUCCGCCCACAAGGCCCGGUGCGCGGACUGGACCGCGCGGCGGGCGCACAGCGAGAGCCUGGCGCACUCGCAGCUGCUGGAGCAGGACGAGGACAAGCUGGCCAGCUGCGAGGCCCCGCCCCUGCUUCCGCCCACCGACCCCGCCUCCCACACCAAGCCCUGCCCCCUGCAGAGACGGAGGCCCCGGAGCCAGGAUGGCAGGGCAGGGGCGUGGCCCCCAGGGGCCCCUGGUCCGUCACAGAAGUCAGAUCUUCGUCUCGCGCUCCCGCGUGCAACUCUCAGAUCAAAUCAACUCACCAAAUCGACCCACAAAUCAAACUUGGGCUCCAGCUGUACUCUGGUUGUCAUGGUGAUUUUGCUCAACAUUGGAGUUGCCAUUUUGUUCAUUCAUUUUUUUAUUUAAAUGUAAUGCUGGUUAUCUAUAUUAUUAUAAAUAUAUUGCUGUGACUGUUCACCUCUUGCCAGUUUCACCAAAAACAGAAAAGAAGGUGAAUUAAAGAACACACCCAAAGCUCUGCUUUCUCCAGAGCUCCCUUUGCUUCCACACGCAUUUUCAUAGCAAAGUCUGGUUUUAAAAGAUCCUGUAAAACAUAUUUAUUGAUAUUACAAUAACUACUUUUCUUGAAUUUGUAUUCUUGACUUGCCUUUUUGAUAGUGGUGGUGAUGCUGGUGAUAAUUGGUUUUCUUAAUGGGAUUGUGAGUUUAACUCUGGGGUGAACAGUAGUUACGGGAAAGUGAGGCUACACUGACCCCAGAAAGGGUGGAGCUACCGUAUGAUGUCAUCUUAUGAUCCAAUUAGAUUACUUUGCUCUUCUUACCAACACUUUCAUCGGUUUACGUCAUUAUGACACAUCACGGUUCCACCCAUUUUGGGGUUCGUAAAGUCUAGGGCCAUGUUCCAAAAUGCAUACUGCCUGCACCACAAAGAUGCAUGAAAGUUUGUGGCUAACAUAUCAUAUGCUAUUCCAAAGCUCAAAUACAGAAGAUUAAGUAUAAACAUUCCCCAAUGCAUUUUCAUAUACUUGAGAUAGAAAGUCAUAGUAUGAACCAACAAAUAUUCUACCCAUACGUGUCUUUCCCAGAUGCCCUUUCUAUGUGCUGUGAACUAUACAAAUUCCAAGAAAAAAAAGCAAUGUUUGAGGGAAUUGUGGACAAAUGUUCACAAAUACACUGUUUUCUCAACAUACUUGAAAAGAAGCAUUACUAGAUAUUGCUUUUGAAACACUUAAAAGGCAUAGUUCACUGCUGGAGUUUUUCCAAAAUGUUUUUUAGUGCAUGUUUCGAUUGGUUCAGAUAGUUUUUGUGUGCAAUGAAGUUUUAGAUACUUACAGAUGUUUCCCUGAAAUCUGCUGGCUUUACUGUGGUUAGUGUAGGGCAUUGAUGGGUUCAUGGUUUAAAGCAAGAAAACACACUUCAAGUAACUCUAUGCAGCCUGUAUCGUGCAUCGCACCCAAUAACUGUCUCGGCCAAUUGAAAACAAAACCAAAAUAUUUAUUUUUUAAACCCAGAAAGUAGAACUGUCCCUUUAUGGAAAAUGUGUACAUGUACUUGUAUGCAACAUACAUACAAGUCAUGGGCUAUAGCAAGGUGAUGAUGUGAAACUGCACAGUUUUGCAGACUCUAUUGUACGUGCACACCAGUGCCAUGGCAUACAAACUAAUGGCCUGGUUCAAUAAGAGUUUUAGAAUGUGCAAAACCUUUUAGCACACACAAAAAUAACAACACAAUCUGGUGCAAAAUACCAAGACCAAUCUUUGGUCGUGUUUUCGGUUUUGUGUGUGCUAGAAGGUUUCGCACAUGAUAAAGGUCUUAGUAAAUCGGCCCUGAACUACAAGUGAAUAAUAUGCAUACUAACAUUUUGGAGCACAGGCCCAGUUCCCCAUCUCUACAGAAGAGUGACACGUCUCGCCAGCGUUGCGGCUCCCAUGGUGCCCGCUGCUGGCACUGCCCAAUCCCCUGAAGACAGGAAGGCCCAAUGGGAGGCUCAUGCCCAUGGUACUGGCUCCUCCCCAAACAGAGCCCCGAAGGACGCUAACCAGAGCAGCAUUCUGAACACCGAAACAAACGGGUGUCUGAAGAGGCUCCAUUACUGCAGUCAUGGUCAGCAUCCAUUGUCAGCACGGAGACAGUGCGGUUAUGAAUGCAGUCAUGGAGCCAUCUCCUCACGAUAAGGAACAUACGAAGGCCUCUUCUCUCGUCCAACGGGAGAAAACGAUUUUUCAGCCACGCAAAGGUUUUGAAAUCCUGUGAAAAUGAGUUUAAUUUCCACUUAUAUUUGCUUAAAAUUGUGUCCUACUUUCGCUGAGAACUGACCGACAUGAAGGUAACCUUACGAGUGCUACGACUCAUCCGUUCCUGUAGUUUUCAUACUGUACAACUUACAGUGGAAAACUCCUCCACCUGUGACAUAACUGCAUGUCCCAGCAUGCCCUGCUCCUCCCUCUCUCCUUUACGUCUUUAUUUCAGGGGAGGGGAGGGGGUGGGUGUUUGUUUUGAGUUGUGUGGAGAAAAUAAUGAAAGUGUUUGAAAUUA